CAACGAUGUCUUCAAACGGAAUUCAAUUGAUGGCAAGGGUGCAAAGCUGAUUGGCUCUGUUCAUUUCGGAUGAUAAUUCAGAACGCGUUCUGGGACGGAAAGCAGAUGGUCUUUGGUGAUGGUGAUGGUACUAUCUUUAGAGAUUUCACAAGCCGAGACGAUGUCAUUGGUCACGAACUGACGCACGCUGUCACUCAAUUCACUGCCAACCUCAUAUAUGAAAAUCAGCCUGGUGCCCUCAACGAGUCCAUAUCUGACGUCUUUGGCAUCAUGGUCAAACAAUACAAGCUAGGCAAGCCAGCCGCUGAAGCCAACUGGAUCCUUGCCGAGGGCAUCUGGGGCCCUGGGAUCAACGGUAGAGGUCUUCGCGACAUGCAGAACCCAGGAACGGCAUACAAUGAUCCGAAAAUUGGAAAGGAUCCUCAGCCUGCUCACAUGAAGGACUACAAGAAGCUCCCAAACACUGCAGAUGGUGACUAUGGCGGUGUCCAUAUCAAUUCCGGCAUACCGAAUAAGGCCUUCUAUCUUGCGGCAACCAAAAUCGGGGGCAACUCUUGGGAUGGUGCCGGUCCCAUCUGGUAUGAAACACUCACUGGCGGGAAGUUGAAGUCCAACGCCACUUUCCAACAGUUCGCCGACUUGACGGUACUCAAUGCUGGGCCCCACGCUUCGCAGGUCGUUGCUGCUUGGAAGGAAGUCGGCAUCAGCGCGAAGUCUGGUAGGUCGGAGCUUUAAGCGUUCUUCUUUCUUUGCUCCAAUGAUACUGAAGUCUCCUUCCUGUUAGCAAAGAAGUCGAAGUUGAAGGCAGCAUUACAGCAACCCAGGGGUAGCUCAUACGUAUAUCCCGUGGGCCAUGUAGCAGCGGGUGGUGGUGUCGUGACGGGCGGAUGCGGAGGAUGCUAAUACACGGACUGGUAUCGGAGACAGUUGGCAGUUGAGUAGUCAUAGGUAAAGCCAACGAGAUCUCCUUUCAUGAUGUGCAAGAUGGGU